CCAGCAGUCUGCGAGCUGUCGCCGGCUCCGCGCAGGGGGGGGGGGCGGGCCGGGCACCCCCGGGGCGCGGAGGAGCGCUCUUUGCUUCUCUGUCGUCUUUCCCCCCACUCCGCACUCCCGGACACCCUCAAACCAGGCCGCGCUGCUUCCCUUUCCCCCUUGUCUCGUCCCCCGGCAAACUUUCGGUCCCUCCCCCGCCGGUCACCCGUUAUUCGUCGUGGCUCGAGCCGGGCCUUGCCUCCCCGAGGGCUCCUUCGGACCUCCCUGCCUGCAACUCCGACCAUUACAGGAUCCAGAAACAUGUCGACCACACUUCUGUCCGCCUUCUACGAUAUCGACUUCUUGUGCAAGACGGAGAAAUCCCUCGCCAACCUCAAUCUGAACAUGCUGGACAAGAAGGCUGUGGGGACCCCCGUGGCCGCCGCCCCUAGCUCGGGCUUCACGCCGGGCUUUCUCCGACGGCACUCGGCCAGCAACCUGCAUGCGCUCGCCCACCCCGCGCCUAGCCCGGGCAGCUGCUCGCCCAAGUUCCCCGGCGCGGCUAACGGCAGCAGCUGUGGCAGCGGGGCGGCGGGCGGCCCGGCCUCCUACGGCACCCUCAAGGAGCCGUCAGGGGGUGGAGGCACGGCCCUGCUGAACAAGGAGAACAAAUUUCGGGACCGCUCGUUCAGCGAGAACGGCGAGCGCAGCCAACACCUCUUGCACCUGCAGCAGCAGCAGCAGAAGGGGGGCGGCGGUUCCCAGAUCAACUCGACGCGCUACAAGACUGAGCUGUGCAGGCCCUUCGAGGAGAGCGGCACGUGCAAGUACGGCGAGAAGUGCCAGUUCGCGCAUGGCUUCCACGAGCUACGCAGCCUGACCCGGCACCCCAAGUACAAGACCGAGCUGUGCCGCACCUUCCACACCAUCGGCUUCUGCCCCUACGGGCCGCGCUGCCACUUCAUCCACAACGCAGACGAGCGGCGACCCGCGCCGUCGGGGGGCGCCUCUGGGGACCUGCGCGCCUUCAGCGCGCGGGACGCGCUGCACCUGGGCUUCCCCCGGGAGCCGCGGCCCAAGCUGCAUCACAGCCUCAGCUUCUCUGGCUUCCCGUCGGGCCACCACCAGCCCCCGGGGGGCCUCGAGUCGCCGCUGCUGCUCGACAGCCCCACGUCGCGCACGCCGCCGCCGCCACCCUCUUGCUCCUCGGCCUCGUCCUGCUCCUCUUCCGCUUCGUCCUGCUCGUCCGCCUCCGCAGCCUCCACGCCCUCGGGCGCUCCGACGUGCUGUGCCUCGGCGGCGGCUGCGGCCGCGGCGGCCCUGCUGUACGGCACAGGGGGCGCCGAGGAACUGCUGGCGCCGGGCGCCCCGUGCGCGGCCUGCUCGUCGGCCUCGUGCGCCAACAACGCCUUUGCAUUUGGCCCGGAGCUGAGCAACCUCAUCACGCCGCUUGCCAUCCAGACCCACAACUUCGCCGCCGUGGCCGCCGCUUACUAUCGCAGCCAGCAGCAGCAGCAGCAGGGCCUGGUGCCCCCCGCGCAGCCCCCAGCGCCGCCCAGCGCGCCCCUCCCUGCCAGUGCCACCGCGCCGCCCUCGCCGCCGUUCAACUUCCAGCUGCCGCGCCGCCUGUCCGAUUCGCCCGUCUUCGACGCGCCCCCUAGCACCCCGGACUCGCUGUCGGACCGUGACAGCUACUUGAGCGGCUCACUGAGCUCGGGCAGUCUCAGCGGCUCCGAGUCCCCCAGCCUCGACCCUGGCCGCCGCCUGCCCAUCUUCAGCCGCCUGUCCAUCUCUGACGAUUGAGGCAAGAGGGCGCCAGCGAGGAGGAGGAGGAGAAAGGGGGAAGGCUGUUC